AUGGCUUGGAGAUUUGCAGCGUCAAAAUUCAAAAAUACCACGCCGAAGCUUCCGAAGAAGGAGGACACAAUCUUCGACUUGCCCGUCGGUAACCUCUCUUGUACAAAUGACGGAAUUCAUGCGUCCGCAGACUUUCUGGCGUUUCACAUUGAGGGCGAAGGCGGCAAGCUUGGAGUUUUGCCGAUUGGAGCCAAAGGGCGGCGGACUCGAAACGAUAUUUGGAUCAUUGCGGCUCAUGGGGAGCAAGUUUCGGAUUUCGGAUUCAUGACGUACGCUGAUCAACUCCUCGCCACAUGCAGUCGUGAUGAGCCAGUGAAGAUUUGGAAGCUCUCGAGAGACUCUUCUCCUCAGCUGGCCACAGAAGUAAACGUUGGAGCUGGUGUCGUCACUGAGUGCCUCAAGGCCCACUCGACAGCCGACAAUCUUCUGGCUGUUGGAUCGCAUAACUCUGCCUACAUCACGGAUAUCUCUACGAAACGGGUAGCUAUUGAGUUGACGGGCAUCACUGAUAAGGUUCAAGCCAUGGGUUGGAGUGAAGACGGACGUCUUCUGGCUGUCAGUGGAGAUAAGGGACGACAGAUUGUUGUGUACGAUCCACGUGCCAAUACGGUACCGAUUCAGACGCUGGAGGGACACGGCGGAAUGGGACGAGAGGCGAGAGUGUUGUUCGCUGGGAAUCGAUUGAUCAGCACUGGAUUCACGACGAAACGAAUCCAAGAAGUCCGUGCUUACGAUACUGGAAAAUGGGGAUCGCCAAUACACACUCAGGAAUUCGUCUCGACCACCGGAGUCCUCAUCCCCCACUAUGAUCCGGACACUAAGCUUGUCUUCCUUUCUGGUAAAGGAACCAACAAACUGUUCAUGCUAGAACUCCAAGAUCGGCAACCAUAUCUCUCUCACGUCUUUGAGCUCACCCUCCCAGAACAAACGCUCGGAGCAACUGUUGGAUCGAAGCGACGUGUCCACGUUAUGGACGGAGAAGUGGACACUUACUACCAGCUCACCAAAAACUCGAUUGUCCCAACACCAUGCAUUGUGCCACGACGGUCAUACAGAGACUUCCAUGCGGAUUUGUUCCCAGAGACUCGUGGUUCGGAGCCAGGAUGCUCUGCUAGUGAGUGGCUCAGUGGAACAAAUGCUGCUCCACCAAAGACUAGCCUUGCUCCAUCAAGUUCUGCCUCUCCACCGCCACCAGAACCAAUGCCACCUCAACAAGCAGCUGUUGCCCCUCCUCGGCCAAUGUCGAUCUCUUCGAAUAAUGUUCCGAAUGGAAAGGAUCAUCAUGUGCCAGCUCCACGGAAAGAGGAAGUUCGUGAAUUGGACUAUGGAGUCUAUGAAAAGGAGAACGGUGCUGUUAGAUCAACUGCCAAGACACCAAGUGCCGAGACGAACAGCACUCAAGGAAACACAUCUCCUCUCACCACCAACUCACCAGAUCCGAUUACUGUAGUCAGUGCAGUCGGAGCACCGAAAGCCACAUCACCACCAGUUACUGGAUCCGCAUCGACUCCAUCUGUAUCCACUCCACUCACUGUUGGACCAGCAUACGGAGAGAAGCCAAAGGAAGCUCCGGUCAAUUUCCGGAAGCCAAUUGGAGCAUCGAACCGAGUCCCACUCUCGCAGAGAGUUCGUCCGAAGUCUUGUGUCGUUGGACAGAUCACAUCGAAAUUCCGCCACGUGGAUGGACAACAAGGAACGAAGUCUGGUCAUGUGUUCUCGAAUCUUCGCAAUGUGAAUACUCGUCUGCCUCCAGAAUCUAACGGAGUUUGUUGCUCGAAUAAGUACGCAGCGGUGCCAUUGGCUGGACUUGGAGUUGUUGGAAUCUAUGAUGUUGAUGCCCCUGGAAAGCUUCCCGAUGGAGUUAUGGAUGGCAUUUUCAAUAAGGCGACUGUCACUGAUCUUCAAUGGAAUCCAUUCGAUGAGUCGCAACUUGCAGUGGGAACGGAUUGUGGACAGAUCAAUUUGUGGCGUUUCUCGGAAUCAGAUGGACCACGAAAUGAGAUGGAGCCGGAGAAACAGAUCAAGAUUUGCGGAGAGAAAAUUACAUCGUUGAGAUGGCAUCCAUUGGCUGCUAAUCUUAUGGUUGUUGCACUUUCGAACAGUACCAUUGAGUUGUGGGAUGUUUCGGAAGGCAAACUGUACAGUCGAUUCGUUCAACAUCAAUCUGGGAUUCUUGGAAUCGCUUGGUCGGCUGAUGGGCGGAGAAUCGCUUCUGUUGGAAAAGAUGCAACACUCUUCGUCCAUGAACCAGCCACUGCUGAGCAGAAAGUCUACGAACGGAAGUCAGUUGUCGAGUCGACCCGCGCGGCUCGUGUCCUCUUCGCCUGCGACGAUCGCAUUGUGAUUGUGGUUGGAAUGACGAAAAGCUCACAACGACAGGUUCAGAUGUACGAUGCGACUACGGUAGACCUCAGACACAUCUACACACAAGUCAUUGAUUCGGCCACUCAACCACUCGUUCCACACUACGAUUACGACUCGAAUGUGUUGUUUUUGAGUGGAAAGGGAGAUCGAUUUGUGAACAUGUUCGAAGUGAUCUACGAUUCGCCGUAUCUCUUGCCGUUGGCUCCGUUUAUGUCCCCAGUUGGAAGUCAAGGAAUCGCUUUCCAUCAUAAGAUUAAAUGCAACGUGAUGGCUGUGGAAUUCCAAGUUUGCUGGCGCCUUUCCGACAAGAAUCUCGAGCAAAUUGUGUUCCGUGUGCCACGUAUCAAGAAGGACGUCUUCCAGGAUGACCUAUUCCCAGAUGCACUCGUCACUUGGGAGCCAGUCACCACGGCGGCUCGUUGGAUGUCCGGACAGGAGUCGGCGCCAGUGUUCCGUUCGUUGAAACCUGAUGGAGUGUUCUCGUCGAUCCCUCGUCCAAUCGCCGCAUCGGUCCGUCACUCUGAGAUGCCGACGUCUUCUGCUGCCACGACGCCAUCGUCAUCUGCCACGCCUUCAACGGAAAAGCAGACGUCAUCUACUCCAUCACAUCCGACGCCAAUCGCACGAAACAUGCAAAGCUGCGCCGUCGAGAGUGCUCACACGCCGGAUCGUCAACAGGUGAGCAAUCAGAAUUCGAUGGACGUGGAAGAAGAAGAAGGAGAUUCUGAAUAUUUUACUGACGAUCAUCAGUCGUCUCAAGAGCUUCUGGUGGAUCUAGGCUCAGAUUCUGAGCAAUGCCACGUGGCAGAGACACCGGUGCCCGCGGACAGAAUCCGUAUUCCAGCGUGUCUCUUGACACCGAAUGAAAACGGGGAAGAGGAGGAGGAAGAGGAUUAUGAUGUCGCUGCCGCCUGGUCGACUAAAAUUGACCUGGACACUCGGCUCGAACAAGACCAAAUGGAAGGAGUGGACGAAACGGAAUGGAAUCAAUAG